AUGCUGAAGCGCAUCCGGAGCCGAUGGCACUGCCAUCCAAUGCUGCGCCGAGGCGCGGUGGGCGUCAUCGGCGCGGCGUUUUUGCUGGUGGUGGCGCGCUUGGCCCUGGAUGUGGAGACGCUGACGUGGCGGGGCGCCAUCCGGCUCGACCACCGCCACGGCUGCUGCGGCGUCGAGGCGCAGUGGCGCAGGGUAGAGGCUCAGAAGGCGUCGAUGCCAAAGGCACGGGAGUUUGACGGCCUGACCGCACGGCAGCUGAGGGGGCGGCUGCCGAUCUGGGUGAUCUCGCUGGCGAGCGCCACAGACCGGCGCGCGAACGUCAUCCGCAACAUGCAGGCAGAAGGCGUCGAUGUUGAGCUAGUAGACGCUUUGGACGGCCGCAACGCGUCCACACCCGAUGACGACGUACAAGAGUGA